AUGGAAGAAAAAAAUAUCAACCAAGAUAAGGAAUUUAUUGUUGGAAAAAACGUAAUCCAUAACAAUUUUGAAAGCCCAAAUUUUAUGAGCAAUUUUCGAGACCUUUUAAAAAAUGUAAAAGAUGCAAAAAAUGUAAAAGAUGAAAAGGAUGUAAAAAACGUAAAAAAUGAAAAGGAUGAAAAUUUGAGUAGCUAUCCCAAUUAUUACAUACUAAAUAAUGAACUCGGGGUGAAGAAAUCUAUAGAUAAUUAUAAUUUUAUAAAAAAUAAUAAAGAAGAUAUAAAUAAAGAUAAACAAACAAAAGGCGAUAAAAAAUAUAUUAUUCAUUUAGUACCAUCUAAAAACUCAAAUUUUUAUAAUUUUAUUAAAAAAAAAAAAAAAGAAGUCUUAAAUAUGUAUGGAACUGAUGAGACAUAUAAAUAUGAUACACACAUAAGUUUGACUGGAUUUUUUUUUUGUGAUAAUAUAAAUACUUUUAUAAAAACACUUUAUAUAUAUUUUUUUUAUUAUGCAAAAUUAUAUUAUAUAUACAGAAAAUUAUUAAUAAUUAAUUUAUUUUUUCAUAUACACCUUAAAAAAAAUAAUAACACAAAUCAUAUUAUAUAUACUUCCAAUAAAUACAAAAAUAAUAAUUAUGUAAAUAAUACUAUUAUUUAUCAAGAGAAAAAUGAAAAGAAAAAAAAACAAAAAAAUUAUGAAACUCCAAAUGAAGAAAUCACACACACAAAAAAAAUUCGCACAUACUUACAAAAAUAUGAAAUAAAAAAUUCAAAUAUGUACAAUAAUGAUAAAAAACAAAUAUAUGAAACACAUGUUCUUAAAACAAAUGAUGGAUAUGUUAUUAUUCCUAUAUUAUGUGAUUGGAUAAAAAAAUUAAUAGAAAAUUUCCAAUUUUUAUUGAAAAAUAAUAGUUUUAAAUCUGUUAAUAAAAGAAAAUUAAAUAAUCAAGACGAUAUAUCUCGUACUUAUAUUUUUAAAAAUGAAUUUUUUUAUAAAUUAUCAAAAAAAAAUAAUAUUCCUCAUUCCAAUAAUUUACAAAUUAUAUCUAAAACUACAUUAACAAAACCAUCUCCUCAAAAUAAAAAAGAAUACACCAAUUUAUUACCUCACCCUAAAUGCAUAAUAAAAAAAAAUAAUAAUUCUAUGCUAGUUUAUCCUUCCCCACACAUAUCUAUAGACAAUAAUUUUAAAUCCGUAAAAAAUGAGCAUCAAACUAAGAUGGUACAUAAUCCAUAUACACCAGUUUUGUCAAGCAAACAAAAUAUAAAUAAUGAAGAGAAUGGCAAAAACGAGUCAAAGAUAGCUUUGCUACGGUCUGAAAACGAAAAUAAUGAAAAUCAAAAUGAAAAUCAAAAUGAAAAUAAUGAUAAUAAUCAAAAUGAAAAUAAUGAUAAUAAUCAAAAUGAUGAUAAUGACAAAAUUGUAAAAAAACAAUCACAAGAAAAAAAUAUAAUAAAAUAUAAAUAUAGUAAUACUAAUGUAAAUUUAACAAAUUUUCGAAUAAAACGAUGUAGCCAUAUAUCGUUAGCUUCCAAUAGAGAUGACCAAAAAAUCAAAAAUAAUAUUGCAAAUAUAUAUAAUGAUAUUAAAUAUCAUUUUCGUAAUUGUUCAUGGGAUAUAGUUAUGUUUGAAUGUGAUGAAAAUGAUGUUAAUCAAGAUAAAAAUAUAAAUAAUUUUUUAAAAGAAAUAUUUCGAUUUAAAAAUUUUGCAGUUUCUUAG